UCACAGCUCCCAGUAAGUGAGGACAGUGGGGAUGGGAGAUCUGUCAGGAAACUGGAUAGGAGGCAGCAACUGAUCUCACAGCCUAAAAAUAAUCCGCUCACAGAUUUCUCCAUGUUACGCAGCCCCCCAGAGACACCACAGCCACCUGGAGCCUGGGCCCCCACAAGCAGUGACGUCAUUCCUCCCACUCUUCCAGGAGAAAUGAGCCUCUCGUUCUGCGGCAACAACACGAAAACCUCGUACAAUGUGAAUAAUGGGGUUCUGAACAAUAUCUGCUUCCUGGACGCCCUGAACCUGGUCCCCCACGUCUUCCUGCUCUUCAUAACCUUCCCAAUCCUAUUUAUAGGAUGGGGAAGUCAGAGCUCCAAGGUCCAAAUUCAUCACAACACCUGGCUGCAUUUCCCCGGACACAACCUGCGAUGGCUGCUGACCUUUGUGCUGCUGUUUGUCCACGUCUGCGAGAUUGCGGAGGGCAUAGUGUCAGACAGGGAAAUGGACUCCCGACAUCUCCACCUGUUCAUGCCGGCUAUUGUGGGAUUCAUCGCAGCGACAACUUCCAUAAUCUAUUACCAUAAUAUUGAGACAUCAAACUUCCCCAAACUUUUAUUAGCUCUCUUCCUCUACUGGGUGUUAGCCUUUGUAGCCAAAACCAUUAAGCUGGUGAAAUACUGUGAAAUUGGCAUCGGUCUGAACCAGCUACGAUUCUGCAUCACCGGGACGAUGGUCGUUCUGUACGGCCUUCUGAUGGCGGUGGAGAUCAACGUCAUUAGAGUCCGGAAAUAUGUCUUUUCCAUAAGCCCCCAGAAAGUAAAGCCCCCCGAGGAUCUCCAAGACCUGGGCGUGAGGUUCCUCCAGCCAUUUGUCAACUUGCUUUCCAAAUCGACCUACUGGUGGAUGAACCAUCUCAUCGUCUCCGCACACAAGAGACCCAUCGACUUGAAAACUAUUGGAAAAUUACCCAUCGCGAUGAGAGCCCUCACUAACUACGUCAGCCUGAAAGACGCGUAUGAGGAGCAGAAGAAAAAGGUGAUCGAUCAGCCGCACAAGACCCCCUCUAUCUGGCUGGCCAUAUACAAAGCAUUUGGGCGACCCAUCCUUCUCAGCAGCACCUUCCGGUAUCUGGCUGACCUGCUGGGGUUUGCUGGUCCUCUCUGUAUCUCCGGGAUAGUGCAGCGACUUGAGGACAUCAACAAAAACACCACCACACAAGAAACAAACGCGACCAAUACCUUCCUGAACGUACACUUCCUGUCUUCAAAUCAAUUUCUGGAAAACUAUUAUGUUUUAGCGGUUCUUUUAUUCUUGGCUCUAAUCCUCCAGAGGACGUUCCUGCAAGCCUCGUACUACGUCACCAUAGAGACUGGGAUUAAUCUCCGCGGAGCAUUGAUGGCUAUGAUCUAUAACAAGAUACUGAAGCUCUCCACCUCCAACAUGUCCAUGGGGGAGAUGACCUUGGGGCAGAUUAACAAUUUGGUGGCCAUUGAGACCAACCAGCUGAUGUGGUUCCUCUUCAUGUGUCCCAAUCUGUGGGCUAUGCCUGUUCAGAUAAUAAUGGGGGUGAUCCUCCUGUACAAGAUGUUGAGCAGCAGCGCUUUAGUGGGGGCCGCCGUCAUUCUGCUGCUCGCCCCUGUGCAAUACUUCAUUGCAACAAAACUUGCAGAGGUACAGAAGAAUACCCUGGAUUAUUCCACGGAGCGGCUUAAGAAAACAAACGAGAUCCUGAAAGGAAUUAAGUUGCUGAAGUUGUACGCCUGGGAGAAUAUCUUCUGCGCCAGCGUGGAGGAGACCAGGAUGAAGGAACUGACCAGCCUGAAGACAUUUGCGCUGCACACGUCCCUCUCCAUAUUUAUGAACGCGGCGAUACCCAUCGCGGCAGUGUUGGCAACAUUUGUGACCCACGAGUACGUAGAGAGCAAAACGCUGACUCCGGCCAGCGCCUUCGCGUCGCUGUCGCUAUUCCACAUCCUGGUGACUCCGCUCUUCCUGCUCUCCACCGUCGUCAGAUUUGCAGUGAAAGCGCUCGUGAGUGUCCAGAAGCUGAACGAGUUCUUCACCAGUGACGAGAUCCGGGAUGACACCAUGAGGAAUGGAGAUUCCCCCCGCCUGUUCGAUGCCUGCAAGAAACAUCCGGGAAUUCAUUCCAGAGCCAUAAACAGGAAACAGCCCCUGAGGUAUCAGCUGGACAAAUACGAUCAGUCCCCUCGGAGACAGAUGCGCUCUGCAGACAGCGAGGAGGCGGCAAUCAAGGUCUGCGGCGGGUACUUUUCCUGGGGAACCGGUUUGGCAACUUUAUCCAACAUCGAUAUCCAAAUACCAACAGGUCAGCUGACCAUGGUGGUGGGACAGGUCGGUUGCGGCAAGUCGUCUCUUCUCCUCGCCAUUCUCGGGGAAAUGCAGGUGCUGGAGGGACGAGUUUGCUGGAACAGGUAA